ACCAUUUCUUCAGACCGUCCAGUAUUCUGUGCACGAUGACUACUACUCUGCAAAUGGAGAUGUUGAGUUCGUGUACAAUGUGCCUCCAAGGAUUGGACAACUAAAGGAGGUGAACUGCGCAGCGCACCAUGGAAGCCGACCCAUACAGGCCUACCCGCAGCCAGAUAGAGUUCGUUCGCCAGCAGUUGGGCACCAGCGAGGAGGCCCUCAAGAGUGACGUCACAGCACUGAGGGAGUGGCUACGCGACCAACCCCACCUGCCGACGGAUGGCAUGGAUGACGACCGACUGGAGCGCCUGCACAUAAUCUACAAGUGCAAGAUAGAACGUACAAAGAAGGCGCUGGACGCCUACUUUUCUUUGAAGAACGUCUUUCCUGAGCUGCUUCUGAACAGAGAUCCCCUUGACAGCAACAUCCGACAGAGCACCGAAACUGUGAUGUUCUACGGAAUCCCUCAGCUGACGCCCGAUGGCUUCCGCGUAACAACGAUCGUGUUCAUGCCUCCAACAAAGGAGAUCGACGUCGCGGCUAUCUGCAAGCACGUGAUCAUCGCCACAGAAACUAUGCUGGCACUUGACUACGCUCUUGGCAAUAUUCUCAUCGUCGAUCUGAAGCACUUGGCCAUGUCCCACAUUCUGGCAUUCGGGAGCAGUCUAGCUCGAAAAACUGUUUCUAUUUAUACGACGAUAUAUAACCGAAGCGUCAAGCGAAUACAUCUCGUAAAUGCUCCGGCGCUGGUGGACAAACUUGUUGCUGUGGUGAAAGUCCUGAUGCCUGCUAAGCUAGUGAAAAGGAUACUCAUUCACCGCGCUGGAAAAGACACGUUGCUCGACCACGUGCCCCGGGAAUUUGUACCGAACGAGCUUGGAGGCAGUGCCGGGACCAGCGAGGAGCUGUUUGAGCUGAGUUUGGCGACAAUGGCCGGCAUCAGGGAGUGGCUGGUCCGCCAGGACGAGAUGGUGUCGGACGAGAGCAGGCGGCCUCGCAGACAGCCCGGGUUCUCGCUGCUCAGGAAGCUCGAUGUCGACUGACGGCGCGCCGGCACCGCCAGCAACACAUCGCACCCCGUCCGUCACCAGCUGAGAGCGACGGCCGCUGGAACACACUGACACGUACGCUAGCUGGAGAGUGCUCAGAUUUUGCGAGUGUGAUUGCUAAGGGUCUUACGGUAUCUAGGAAAAUAAUAUUCUCCACACUGGCAGUAAUGAAGGUUCUCAACAUCCAUUCUGAAUUAGUCUCACAAAUUCAGUCACAGUUGAUUUGUACUCAGUACUAGCUGGCACUGGCUACUUCAUCCAUCCCUCAGGAUUUAAGAUUCUCGUAGUUUUUCUAUAUAAUUUAAGAUGACCCCAGUAUAAUUGCUUAACCAAAAUGCUGUCGAUAUCCGUCGCAAAUGUGAUCUAAUCAGACAUUGUGCCCUUUCGCUUAUGACCCUGAUGUCGACAAAACGUUACACUUAAUGAACAGCUAUAGAAUUCACACUCCAGCUAGUUUCACAACUAAUGUCGAAAGAAUUCUUU